CCUGCAGCCCGACGAGCUGCUGUUCACCGGUUUAUCAUGUUAACUCCAAAGUUCAGUCUAGAGACGUGGAAAGAGGAGGAGUGAGCUCAGGGAGGAAUGAAGACGAGCCAUUUCAAAUUCCAACCUGUCUCUCACUCAUUUUCGGAUUUCUGCGCGGAAACAGUCUGGAACAGAGGAUUUCACUGCGAGUCCACAUCCAACGAUAUGUCCAACUGACAAAGAAAACACUGAUCAAUGCUGAAGAUGGACUGCUGUUUCUAUAACUGCUGUAACCACUGUACUGUGAGACACAGGGGAAAUAAAAGGCAUCAAUCUAUUGGCCUAUCAGCCAACAGUUGUCGAAAAUGUGGCUGGAUAUAGAAGCGUUCACCUGACCGAACAUGAUGGAAUCUGCUCUGUCGCCUUUCACGGACUACCUAGACCUCAACCCCAACAGCCAUGCCAACCACAGCAACAAGAGCUGGAGUAACCAUCCGUAUGACGAUGAUCCAGGGCAAAAUCAAACCCAGACCCUCCAUUACCACUUCCAUAAUGCUCUCCUUGGAGUAACUUUGGGCCUUUUAUCGCUCCUCACCAUCAUAAUGAACCUGCUUGUCCUCUAUGCAGUGAAGAAAGAAAAGAGUCUCCACACUGUGGGAAACCUGUACAUUGUUAGCCUGUCCGUGGCAGAUCUUAUCGUGGGCACGACAGUCAUGCCCCUGAACUUGAUGUAUUUGCUGGAGGAUGAGUGGAGGCUGGGGCGUGCAGUGUGCCAGUUUUGGCUGAUCAUGGACUAUGUGGCCAGCACCGCAUCAAUCUUUAGCUUGUUUAUUCUGUGUUUGGAUCGGUACCGCUCAGUGAGGCAGCCUUUGAAAUACCUAAAGUAUCGAACACGUGGAAAAGCCAGCUUGAUGAUCUCUGGAGCCUGGUUACUCUCAAUGAUGUGGAUUAUUCCUAUUUUAGGAUGGAGGUCCUUCACACACGUGGACCUUAAACCUGAGGAGGAGAACAAGUGUGACACAGACUUUCGCUUUGUUACAUGGUUCAAAGUGAUAACAGCAGUUUUCAACUUCUACGUACCCUCGAUUUUGAUGUUGUGGUUUUACACACACAUCUAUCUGUCGGUGAGGCAGCAUCUAAGAGACAGAGAGAGAAUCAUUCAUCCAACAGAUUCAUUCGGGGAAAAUGAAAAUGGAGGGAAUGGCCCGAGCCCCAAAAGAAAUGACUCCAAGUCGCUCCAGAACGAAACAGAGCUCUCCCUGAAACAAUCAAAAAAAGACAGACUGCUGGACCAGAACACUCUUGACCAGACAUAUGCCCUAGAAGACGGUGAGAAAUCUAAAGCUGGUCCAUUUAGAAUUCACAGGAAAAUAGGAGUAAAGUGCCAGCAGACGUCACUGCUUUCCAUGACAACACAGCGCCUCAGAAUGGCACGCAAGGCUAAAACGGGCUCCCUGUCACCCGAAGAGAGGCAGUCAGAUUCAGAGAUUCCCCAGAGCCAGCCGUCUGUGCCACAGGAUAUGACAUGCUCAGGUGGAAACAAUGAGAGCAAACAUCAAGCCUCUCUCAACGAAUGCCACGUCACGGUGACAAACUCUUUGAGUGGAGUCUGUGGUAUCAGCCCGGUGUCAGAUGUGCAGCGGUACACAGAUGUGCUCUGCCACAGCUAUGACCCCAGUCAGGCUCUGCCAUGGCCUGAGGAAGGGGUCGAGGACGCCAGAAUAGACCCAGAUAAUGGAGUGACUCUGAAACAGGCAUGGCACAGGUUUAUAGACCAGUCACGAAAUCGGAUUCAGAGUCUGAGGAUCCAUAAGGAGCACAAAGCUGCAAAGCAGUUAGGGUUCAUAAUUGCUGCUUUCUUACUGUGUUGGAUACCUUACUUCAUAGUUUUCAUGGUGAUGGCUUUCUGCCCAGGAUGUGUGCACCACGAUCUCCACAUGUUCACCAUUUGGCUUGGUUACAUCAACUCUACACUAAACCCUUUCAUAUACCCUCUCUGCAAUGGAAACUUUAAACGUGUCUUCAAAAAUAUUCUCAAGAUCAACUUGUGACUGAUGUGACAGAGAGAGCAAAGAAUCAAAUAAAUUCAGAGCUGUUCAAGUGUUAUCGAUACUCACAGAUCAGACACGAAGCGAUCAAUGAUCUUGGAUUUGUUUUUAAAUGUCGAUAAAGUACAUGCAUAUUUUGGGUGGCAGCUUUUUUUGUACAUUAUGUUUCAGAUUUUAUUUUUGUAACUCAGUUUUUCAGAGUCUUUUAGAGUGAAAUGUUAUUUAUUUUAUCUGUUUUGCUGAAAUUGUGUCUAGAGAUGAAGGUUUUCAUUCCUAAGGGUAUAGAAUGGAUUUUCUUGAAGUUAGUUUCUAUGGAGUUGCCAUCAGCAUUAAACAUUGUGUUUGCAGUAGACAGCGCUAAAGGUCACUCCAGUCUGGGAAAAAAAUAAAGAAGCUGUGACCACAGAGUAGAGCUAACAGGUGUAAAUCCCUUUUAGGUGUCCCUAAAAUGGAUUUUUAUCAACUUAAACCAAAUAAGAUUUUUAAAAGCUGCAUACGCUUUAUGACAACACUGUUCUGUGCUAUUUCCACAUGCAUGCUUAUUAUUAGGGAUUGCUGCACCCAUGAGUCACUCAAUUCAAUCAAUCAUCUGCUGUCGUGAAAUGGUUGCUCAGGAGGAAAGAUUGCUGCAAAGUUAGCGACUCGAUGUAAUUGGAUGGGCUUCCUUAGGUAGAAAACAUUUUACCAGUUGGCAUAAUAAGCUGAACUAGACUCCACUGUAACGUAUCUCCAACCAAACUGUCAUGCAUUCAAUUGAAUUUGAAUCUGUCCUCAUCACUGGAGUGAGUUGAUUAUAUAUUUCUGUUUUUAAAGUGGACCUGCUUUUCUUACAAAUUAUCUUGAGACGGCAUUUGUUGUGCAUUGGUGCCAUAUAGAUAUGGAAAUUGAGCUGAAUGUAUAAACCCUACACCACCAUCACUUUUUAAGAAGACCGAUUAAGAUAGCCAGUAUGACAUAAACAAGAGUACAUAAACAAUGGAGAACAGAAAAUUGACAUCAGUUUUUAAAACAUGCAGCUUUAUUGUAUUUAACACUUUUUGGCUUGCUGUUUUGUGAGAAGUUACCAAAUACCGUCUGAACAACUUUUCAAUGCAAAUGUGAUGUUGGUUUAAAGACCUAUGAAACAGUACUUGCAUGAACUCCAAUUAAAUUUAUGAACUGUAAUUGUUUUAGGAUAGCAGAAAUCUACUCUGCUCUUGGCUCUGACAACCUUAGAGCUUUGUCCAAACUGAUGUCGUUCAUUCAGCUGUCUAAUGCAGGUGAGAUACUACUAAGUCCCUGAAGCGGUUUACGAAGCUCAUCACAUUUACAUUUGUGAUGGUAGGACAAUUUUUAUUUAAUUUUUUUGCUGGUAUGCCACGCAGAAUCAGUGACCACAAAGAUGCCACUCUUUGCUACAGUCACCGUCCCUCCUCACUGUGACUGGUGGCAAGAUAAACUCAGAUUCUUGUUGUAAAUACUGACAAGUUAAUUUCAGUAGCUAAUACCUUGAACACCUUUUCUUGAUUUGGGUGGAAUAGUAUACCUUUUAGUCACUUGAAUAGUAUGUAGUUUUGGUUUUCCAUUGUUCAAGAGCAGCUAUGACAAAUGAACCCCUGUGUCAUAAUUAUAGGAGGCAAUAGUCAACUUAAACAGGAAAAAAAUAUAGUGAGAAAAUCUUCAGUUUUAUUUAUUUUAGUGUCAUUUUAGUAGUGCCAGCUGCACAAUGUUCCAGUGGUUAGCAGUGCUGUCUUGUAGCAACAAGAUUCAAAUCCCAGUUGGUUGCUCGUUGUGCAUUGAGUUUGCAUGAUCUCCCCAUGCAUGUGUGGGUUUUCUCUGGGUACUCAGGGUUUCUCCCACAACCCAAAAACAGGACUGUUAAAUCAAUUGGUUAAUCUAAAUUGCCUUUAGGUAUGAUCGCCUGUGUGCGCUUAGUUUUCUUGUCCUGUGUGUCACUGUGUUGCCCUGUGAUAGAUUAGCAGCCUGUCCAGGGUGUACCCCACCUUUCCAACUGACUAAAAUUAAAGGUUGGAUCUUUAUAAGUUUUAUCAGUGUAAACUGCAGUUAAAUAUACAAUUAUGUAAAAGCUUUUUGCACAUCUUUACCAGGAAUGCCAAUGAGAUUAAAAAGAACUCUAAAAAGCCUCUCUCAAAAAAAAGAAAAAAAGAAAAUUCAAAACUAUCCUUUUAAAUGAAGAUGAACUGAUGCUUUUAAAAGAAUUUGGACUUGUAACUGGGAUUAAUUCAUAUAUCAAUAAAACACUAAAUGAAUAGCAGGCAGCCACUCUAAAGGUAUGUUCACACUGAACAAGGCGAUUUUUUUUACUUUGAUGGCCUGCCGUUGGUCACUUGACAUUUUCCCUCUGAAGAUCUGCGCUGACAAAGCAGCCAAUUUUCCCCCAGCUCGCUUCACGCCGUCAUCAAAUAGGAGGAGCGGCUAUGCCUUUGCUGGUUUCUCCUAUCUGCUCAACUCAAAGAGCGAGUCGCGGUGCUGUAUGAACUACAGGCAUCUUCGGUCAGUAAAUCCAUCAUUGCUCAACCGAAAUACAGCCUAAUUGUACCGUCUAAAUAUGUAACAUAAACAUUUUCACGCCCAAAUGGACGAGGAGGACCCUUACAGCGAUGUGACUUGACAAAAGAGUUCAGAUUGCUAAACUUGAGCUAAAAACCAUUAGAAAGAAUCUGUCUGCAUGAAUUGAUUGAAUUAACUUUGUAAAGUGCCUUGAGAUGGCAAGUGUUGCGAAUUGGCGCUAUAUAAAUGCAAUUUAAUUGAACUAAAUCACUUGCUCCAUUUGCCUUGUUCUCGUUUGGUGUGAACGUACCUUAUGGGUGUUUUUAUGUACAAUGUGGUUCUAUGUUAAUUGAUAGCCAACAGUAAGGAGUCCAUGUUAACAGCAAACCGAAUAGUAUUUUCUAUGAAUGCUAUGUUAAAAGGUUUCCAGAUAAACAUUUUUUAUUUGUUUGUGAACAACAGUUAUCCAAUAUGAAACAACAUGACAUCUGUCACAAGUUUACAAAGGCUGUCAUUCAUAGGUGGGUUAUUCUGUGAUUCUCUACAUGAUUAUUUCAUUAAUAAAUCAGAAUUUGAAAGAUAAGUUGCCCUUUUAUUAAUCGUAUACACCCACAUAUCAGCACCGUGUCUUUAGAAGGCUUUUUGUGAACUGGCUUACUGUGAAUAAACGGUUGCGAAAUAAUUAAACAUAAUUAAUGUCAGAAUAGAAACAGCAUCCGGGGGGAAAAAUAAGUAUUGAACAUGUGAACAUUCUUCUCAGUUUAAAUAUUUCUAAUGGGGCCAUUAACAUGAAAUUCACACUGGAUGUGGGCAACAAGCCAAGUAAUCCACAUGUACAUAAACA